AUGGGGACAGCAGCGACGGGCGGCCGCGCGGAGGGGGAAAGGGGGGCGGAGGAGGGCGCGGGGUGGGCGUGGGGGAGGUCGUUGGGAGGGGCGUGGGGAGGGGCGUGCGGGACGGACGAGGGAGGGGCGUGGGGGAGGGACCAGGGAGGGGCGGGUGCGGGUGAACCCGGCAAAGUCGGAGAGCAUGGUCCCCCCUCACCUCUGGCCAAGAGCAGGGACGCCCACCAAGUGGUCACCCCAGAGCUCAACACACUCGUGGUUGCACUGCUGGUCCAUACCCUCUUCCUCCCAUCCUUGCCCUCCCAUCCCCCUACACCCGUCACCCCCCCUCCCCCCUCUUCCCCUAGGUAUGCCCACCACGUUGUAACAACUCGUGGCUGCACUGCUGGCGGAGCACCCCCCUCAUCUCCCCCACUCCUCCUCUUCCUCCCAACCCUCCCCCAGCUAUGCCCACCAGGUGGUCUGGUCUCUCCGGAGCUGAACGUAUGCGUGGCUGCGCCGCUGUCAUUACCUUUAGCAAGGUGCAUUGCAUACGUCCUUCCUCCCACGCACUUUCCCUCUCCUCCUGCUCAACCCCUCCUUGCUGUCUGCCUCUCUCCCCCCAGACACGCCCACCAGGUGGUCACUCCGGAGCUCAACACACCCCUGGCCACCAAGGCUGCUGAUCCAUACCCCCUCCCUUCCCGCCACCUCCCUCCCAUUGUUCCCUUCCGUCCAUCUGUUGUGACACCCGAGCUCAACACGCUGGUGGCUGCGCUGCUGACGGAGCUGCCACCUCUCCCCUCGUGCGCCCUCUCUUUUGCCCUAUUCCCUCCCCAUCAACCCCCCCAGGUACGCCCACCAGGUGGUCACCUCAAGCCCCCCUCAAGGCAAGCCCUGGCCUUUCUAUCCCUCCCUUUGCAGUCACGCCAAGGUACCAACCUCUUACCACCCGGUCCCCAUCCUGCUUCCGUGGAGAGUAGUGCAGUGCUUGGGGAUGGGAGGGCCAAGUCACACUACGUGGGGAGAGGGAGCGACAGUGAGGGUGCAGCAGAGGGCAGGCUGUGGGCGCACUUGACUCUGAACCUGCAGUCCGUCUUCUUAAAUGCCGCCACAUGCAGCAUUCUGACCCCCCAAUCCACUCCACCCGUCCCUCCCCAUCCUCUCCCCCAUGCCACCAUCCAUCAGGUUGCCUUGUUGACGCUGCCCUCACAUGCAUCCUGCGGUUUUGAUGCGGCCCUCGCCUCUAUCCUAUCAGAUGGCGCCUCUUGCAGCAUUCCUGUGCUCGUGGCUCUCUCCCGGCGACGCCUCGCCAAGGUGAGUGCGGGUGAAGAUGGGCUGUUGGUGCUGUCAGGCUCGUUGAGGUGUGGAAUGCGGGAAGUGCAGGCUGAGCUGGGCUGUUGGUUCUAG